GUUAUGUUUUUUGUGACUAGAUAGGAUUUAUGCAGUCGUACGUGCAUUCGAAACGUGUGCAGUUCGUGGGCGUUUAAAAUUUGUCAUAUUUAUUAAGACUUAUUAAAUACUAUAACCUUUGCUUUUGAUAGUAUUAUUUCAUAUUUAUCUUAGAAUAUUAUAAUAAAAAAUAUGGUUGUUUUUACUUGUAAUCAUUGCGGGGAGACCUUACAAAAACCACGUGUUGCAAAGCAUUAUCAAUUUCAGUGUUACAACAAGCCUUAUUUAACGUGUGUGGAUUGUUUAAAAGAUUUCCGUGAACAGGAAUACGUACAACAUACAAAAUGUAUAACUGAGGCAGAACGAUAUGGUGGUAAAAACUAUGUUCCAAAGGCUACAGCUAAUAAGGGUGAACGUAAACAACAAGAAUGGCUUAAAAUCGUUAAUAGUCUACUUGAAACAAAUAUGGACUUAUCACGCGAUGAAAGAGAAUUUUUACAAGCUUUGUCAAAUUGUGAAAACAUACCCAGGAAGAAAGUGAAAUUCAUUAAUUUUAUUAAUAAUGCAUUUGGAUUUCGAACGAACAAGUCAAUAGUUGAAAGCGUUUGGGAAAAAAUAGAAAAAGCCUAUCAACAAUCAGUAAACAGUAACGUAAAGCAAGAACAAAUUGAAAAGACCAAUGGUAAUCAUAAAGUAAAAGUUGAGGCGAAAGAAGAUCAAAUUUUGACUAAUAAUUUAGAUAAUAAUGUAGCAGAAAAUCAGAAUAAUGAAAAUAUAUAUAAAGAAAGUAAAUGUGAUAAACAAGGAAACGAAAAUAAGGAAUUAUUAUCUGACAAUAAUUGUAUCAAAGAAUUGGAGCUUAAGAAGGGAAAAAAAUCGAAGAAAAGAAAACUCUCAUUAUCUGCAGAAACGGAGGAAUCUUCUGCUAUUAAAAAAAAUCAUCUGAACGAUGAGAAUGUAAUUACCAAUGAAACUGUAAACGAAAAUCAGAAUGAAAAUGCAUCGGAAAAAAGGAAAUUUAGCUGGAAAAAUACUAUUUUAAAUAUAGUAUCUGUUAAAGGGGAAAUAUCCUUAAGGAAACUACAAAAGAGAGUACGCGUACAAUACACGAAUCAUUGUCAAGAUGAAAUAGCAGAUGAAAAAUUUAUUAAUAAGCUUAAUAAGAAACUUAACAAAAUGACUGAAAUUAUUGUAUCCGAAGAAAAAGUAAGAAUGGCAUAGGUAUGUAAAUUAUCAAUAAUACAAAUUUCUAUGAAAAAUAAAUACUAUGACAGAAAAUCUAAAAGUUAUUU